ACGCAAUAACUGUCUCAUCACCAUGUGUCAGCCAAUCUAAAAAGGGAACUAAAUCCUAGACGUGUGAGAGGGCCUGAGACACAGCUCUCUCUCUCUUUCUGGUACACUGAAGCUGGAUGACUAGUUAACCUCGAAGUUUAGCUAUCACGCUGUACUUUCUACCGAUUGGCCUUAGUUCAUUCUUUUCCUUUAGAGAUAUUUUUGUCGGUAGCAACUCACUGAUGUUAACGUGCAUAGGUAUUUUUUCAGUCAGGUACCUGUAAAUUCUGGUGGCAUUUGGCAAUGUAAGUAAACUGUUAUAGUUCAAGACGAUUCCGGAGACAAGGGCUGAGUAAAUAUUAACAAGCCCCUGUGCUUGCUUGGGACUUGAAAGGAUUGCAUGACAUCAACGAGCAAGCUUUUGUCAGUCACAAUCUAGGCCAGAUUAGUCUUAAAGUCCAAGGAAGAAGCAAAGUUCACCUUAGUGCAGAAGUUUCUGUAUGCCUCUCCUGGUUAUUGUUUGCAAGCUUAAGGGAAAGAAAUGAUGAAGGAGAAAGAAAAAACCAUCGCUAUUGUGAAGGUUAUAGACUCUUCCAAGUUGAAACUGUUGUCUGGUAGUAUUUUGGAUGUAUAUAGUGGCGAGCAGGGCAUUUCUCCAGUUAACACUGGUCUUAUGAAUGCUUCUUGUCCAAGUAUUCUACCCAUGAAGAAGGAAAUUGCAGAAACUGACACUAGAGCUUUGGCAAAGGAGAGACAGAAAAAGGACAACCACAACCUCAUUGAAAGAAGAAGAAGGUAUAAUAUUAAUUACAGAAUCAAGGAGCUUGGCACUCUUAUUCCAAAGUCUAAUGAUCCUGAUAUACGCUGGAACAAAGGAACCAUUCUAAAAGCAUCAGUGGACUACAUCAAGUGGCUACAAAAAGAACAACAGAGAGCCCGGGAGUUAGAACACAGACAGAAGAAAUUAGAGCAUGCUAACCGGCAGCUUAUGCUCCGCAUUCAGGAGCUAGAAAUACAAGCACGUGCUCAUGGUCUACCAAUCCUGGCUUCACUCGGCACAGCUGACUUUGGUACCCACAUCACUAAACAGCAGACCCAUUCUGAGAAGAACUCAGUAGGCUGUUGCCAACAACUGACUCCAUCCCAGGGGACAAGCCCGGAGUUCUAUGAGCAAGCUGUGGCUUUCUCUGAUCCACUGUCUCACUUCACAGAUUUAUCGUUUAGUGCUGCUUUGAAAGAGGAGCAAAGAUUGGAUGGUAUGCUACUAAGUGAUACAAUAUGCCCCUUUGGGACGGACCCGCUACUCUCUGCCAUUUCUCCUGCAGUUUCCAAAGCGAGCAGUCGAAGCAGCCUUAGCUCAGAGGAUGGCGAUGAACUGUAAGCCACAGACAGACUCAAGUCAUCAACCAGGAAGCAGCUCCGUGCUGGUGCUUCUCAAUCGUGGUCUGUGCUUCAUACCUGGCUUUCACUUAAUUCUCUGAAAGGAAUGAUUAUAAGUGAUGGAAUAUCUCAUGGGAAGAAGAAACAUGAUGCUAAAGAAUCAUUGAAGAUCACAGUAUUGUUGCCCACUUUGCCUACAGAGUUCAGAUUUCCUUACAUUUAAUUUCCCUGGAAAGUGGUUCAACUUAAUAACCACUGCGGUGUUAAUACCGUCAGAGCUGUGACAUCAUAGCAUAUUACUGGAGUUACAGUCUCUCAGGAGACUGCAACAUCCCACUCCCCUCUCACUUCCACACCCUGCCUCACCUUCUACAACAUCAUUUUCUGAAGAUUCACAACUAAGAAGAUUGAUGAUAAUUUUUUUCCUUUGUCUGGUGGACAUAUUACCUAUAGUCAAAUCCUUGUUGGGGGAAAAAGUAUAAAAUAUUUUUUUUCACUAAAACUUGAAUCUAAGUCUGUAAUAAAUGAGAAAAAUUUCAAAAUAGAGCAAAGAAUAUGUCUAAAAAUAUUAUUUUCUAAAAUCAUAUUCUGAUUCUUUUAAUUAAUUCAAUGAGACUAAUUCUAAACAUCUUCUUGCAGAUUUAUGUAUGUAUGAUUUCUUUAGAUAAACAAACACACUGAGGAAUCCUCUCCAGGACAUGGUCCUACAUUAAAUUAUUUUAUACAAAUACUCACAUACACAAUGCAGGUAGGAUGGAUUGUUUUAGUCUACUUCAUUCCUCUGAUUAUCUGAUCAAUGCCAUAAACUAUAAUUCAUUUUUUCCUCAAAAUAUGUUUUAGCAACUAAAAUACUAGGAAAAUUUAUCUGGUAUGUAACAUAGGUCAAUUCUUGUUGAUGUAGAUUAUCACAAAAAUUGACAAGAUAUUGAAUAUUAGAUGACCAACUGUUCAUCUGUAAGCCAGAACUACAUUUUAUUUUAUUCAAAUAUGAUUGGAGAGAUACUCUUAUUCCCUUGAAAUUGAAAGUGCCCUGUGGUCUGGCCUUUGUUACCAUUUAGUACAAUUUAAGUACUUGUAUACAUAGUACUUCAUUUGUGUUUUUCUUCUUGAACUUUUCCAAACUUUUAUUAGUACACAAAUUGCUUUGUCUGAAUUUAUGGAGGACCACCUUGAAUGGUCAUGAAUCAGUCAGCAAUGGUUAGGGAAUGCUUAAAACUUCACUAGGGCCCCUGACACUGUUGAACAGAUGAGGAAGGGUGCAACAAGAGCACACGAAGAGCAAAACCAAAAGGUAGAGGAUGUGCAGAACUAAAAUCUAAACAUAGAUUGUGAAAUGUAAGGGUUCAGAGAUAACAAAGAAGAUUACAAAGCUCGGUGGGAAAUGCAUCAUGUAAAAUGCACAGGUUAGAAAGGAGGGGGUUAAUAUAGGGCACAAAUACUAACCAAGCGAUCGAAGAAAAUACAUGGGGAAAGUAUCCUCCUGGGCCAUUUGGUUGAUGGAUCUGUAUAACCUCCUUUGAGUGUUGUAAUGAAAAGUAAGUCUUGUCUGUACCAAUGUAAUAGAGAUAACGUUUGUAACAAAGUUAAGUAACAAAGUGUAUAAUUCUUGGCGCAGUUGUAAUCUCUGGAAUAUUCAAAGAUGUUUAGUAUUUUGACCACAAUACUUGCUCAAAAUCUUUUUGGUUCUUUUCCUAAAGAAAAGGGCUGAAACUCAAGCUCCUUCUGGAUAUCAACAGUCUCUUGCUUACCAUACAUCAGCUCUGACUCCUGUGAAACUAGAAAAACUUAAUUGUUUGAGAUGGAAAAGCCCUUCAUAGUUUCUAGGAAUGGCAGUUAAAGUCAGAUGGGUUGGUUCAACCUAGGGCACUUAACAACUUUAACAAUAAUGACAAAGGUUUCCUCAGGGUUGAUAAUGUGAUUUGACUUUGCAAAUCAAAGGGAAAUAAAUGUUUUGUAUCCCAUGGAAAACA